CUUCAAUUUUAAACCAUUCUCGUAUCUGAAAUAAAAAUGGAAGCUAAGAGAAGUCUGUUAGCGAUCCUCACUAUCCUGUCCUUCCUCUCGAUAUCCACGGCAGCCGGAACUCGAAAAAUCCGAGCCCGAAAGCCAUGCAAGAGCAUGGUGUUUUAUUUCCAUGACAUUAUCUACAAUGGUAUGAAUGCAAGGAAUGCAACUUCAGCCAUUGUAGGUUCACCACAAUGGGGGAACAGGACCAUUCUGGCAGGGCAGAACCAUUUCGGAGACUUGGUCGUGUUCGACGACCCGAUCACCUUAGACAACAACUUGCAUUCGAACCCGGUCGGUCGAGCUCAAGGGUUUUACAUCUAUGACAAGAAGGAUAUUUUCACAGCUUGGCUAGGAUUCUCUUUCGUUUUCAAUUCGACUCGGCAUAAGGGAAGCAUAAACUUUGCCGGGGCGGAUCCAUUGAUGAAUAAGACGAGGGACAUAUCAGUGAUUGGUGGAACUGGAGAUUUCUUCAUGGCUAGAGGAGUGGCUACUUUGAUGACCGAUGCCUUUGAAGGGGAAGUAUAUUUCCGUCUUCGAACAGAUAUUAAAUUGUAUGAAUGUUGGUAAACUAUUACUAUUAUUUUGUUCUUGCUUGGUUUUUCAAUAAUCAAUUGUCAAUUAUGUCGUCAUUUCAAUUUUCUGUCGUGUCAUGAAAGAGUUUCAUCAAUGAAAACAUUGUGGUUAUUUUUUUC